AAUUAAAAUUUGUUUAUUUUAUUAGUCAUCUCCAUCAAGUGUUGAAGGCUUCCAAUUGGAGGAAACAAUUUGUGUUUGUUAACCCUUGUGUCGUUAGUGGAAAAACAAUGGCUGGAGAGAAAUCAAAAUCAGUGUUGCUUGCAAGAAGAUUAGAGGACGCUAUGCUAGAACAAUUGGUUUUAAUUCCUUAUAAUAUUGGGUACCAUUGGAUAUUGUUAGUCAUUGAUCUAACAUUGAUGAUUGUGUACUUACUUGAUCCGAUUAAUUCUAAAAUAAACACAAGCUUUGAAAUUGUAAUAAACACUGCUUUGAAAAUUUAUGAAACUACCCAAAGGAGGAGGAGGACCAAUCCAGUUUGGAAAGUAGUUCAGUCCCCGCAACAACCUACAAACGUGGAAUGUGGGUUUUAUGUAAUGCGGUAUAUGAAAGACCUCAUUAAAGAUCAAAGCAUAUAUUUAUGUGAUGAGUUGACCAAACAAAAAAGUGAUGGGAGUUUAAAGAUUGAAGGAUGCAAUGACAUUCUACCUGUCAUUUUGAAUAGAUGUGGAAUCAAUUAA